UACACACUGACAUAUAUACGAAGGCAGCAAUUAAUUUCAUAAAACAAUGUCUAAUGUCUUCUUCAGAAUCAGGGGUUCACCUAGAAGAGUUUGUAAUUCCACUGGAUGAGAUCAUUUCGGCCACCAACAACUUUAGUCCAGAAACUCACAUCAAUCAUGAUGGACUUGUUGAUGUCUACAGAGGACAACUACAAAACCGCACAGUUGCCAUCGAUCUCGCUAAUCCGGGUAGUUACCUAGGAGAUGCCGAGUUCCGUAACCAGCUCAAUAUUAUUUCCAGAUUCCAGCAUCAAAAUAUAAUCCGUUUCAUUGGCUACUGUCAUGAACGAAAUCAGAGGAUUACGGUUUCUGAAUAUGCUUUGAAUGGAGCAGCAAGAGGACUCGAGUAUCUUCACUCGGGUCUUGGUGGAGACAGAAUAGUAAUUUACAGAGAUGUGAAGAGCCAAAAUAUACUCUUAGAUGACAAUCUGGAAGCAAAAAUUAGUAAUUUUUGUUUGUCGAUAUUAGUCGAGCGAAAUCAGCCACAAGCUUAUGAAGGUAUUGCAGGUACCAAUUAUUACAUGGACCCCUUUUACCAAGAAAGUGACAUUGUCAACACAGAAUUAGACGUCUACUCAUUCGGGGUUGUUUUGUUUGAAAUGUUAAGCGGGAUGCUAGCUUAUCAUAAAAGGAGUAUUGAUGGUGAUCAGCCACAACCACUCAUAAAUCUGGUCCGACGCUACUAUGCUGAGGGACUCCACAGCUUAAUUGAUCCUUAUAUAAGAGAUCAAAUUAAUAUGCGUUCUUACAAUGUGUUUAAGGAAAUUGCUUAUCAAUGCAUUAGUUGGAACUUGGAACUUAAAGGAUCGCCCUACUAUGAACGUGAUCAUCGAGAGGAUUGAGGAAGCACUGGAUUUGCAAAACCCCUGUGCUUCUCCAACAGUUACCAUAGGAAGCCUUCAAUAUGAUAUCCCAGAAAGUUUUCUAAUUCCACUAGAAGAGAUCAUAAAGGCCACCAGAGACUUCAGUCCUGAAACUUGUAUUGGAGGGGGUGGGUUUGGUAAAGUCUACAGAGGACAACUCUCUAAACAAUGGCAAAACCGCACAGCUGCGUUCAAACGCUUGGAUCACAACGGAUACAAAGGAAAAAAUGAGUUCCUUACUGAACUUAAGAUGAUGUCAAGCUUCAACCAUGAAGACAUCGUCCCUUUAAUUGGCUACUGUGAUCAAGGCAAUGAAAUGAUUAUAGUUUCUGAAUUUGCUAGUAAUGGUAGCCUUAAUCAUCAUCUCAGAAACCCCAAUAAUAGUAUUUCUCUAACAUGGGCACAGCGCAUGAAGAUUUGUAUGGGGGCUGCGAAAGGACUCGAGUACCUUCACUCGGGUCUUGGGGAGAACAGGGCAGUAAUUCAUAGAGACAUGAAGAGCUCAAGUAUAUUGUUAGAUGACAAUCUGGACGCCAAAAUUUGCAAUUUUGAACUUUCACUAUUUGUGAACCCAAAUCAGCCACAAGUCUACGAACCUGGUGCGGGUACCCAAUUCUACAUUGAUCCCAUUUACAAAGAAAGUGGCAUGGUCAAUGCAGGAUCAGACGUGUACUCAUUUGGGAUUGUCAUGUUUGAAAUGUUGAGUGGGAUGCUCGCUUAAGAUAAAAGGAGCAUUGAUGAUGGUCAGCCACAGACACUCCUACAACUGGUCAAACGUUACUAUGAUGAUGGCCUUGACAAGAUCAUUGAUCCCAGUAUAAGAGAUCAAAUUAACAUUCAUUCGUUGUAUACAUUUAAGAAGAUUGCUUAUCGAUGUAUUAGUACCAACUUAAACGAUCGUCCAACCAUGAAGAGGAUCACCAGGGGGAUUGAGGACGCACUGAACUUUCAAGUAAGUUUUUCCUUUCAACAUUAAAAUAAAAUUUUAGUUGAAU